AUGAGUACCGUCACAGAUGAAAGGUAUGAUGAGCUCAUGUCGAGUACGCCCGAGGAAUAUUCGACCACCGAAAUUAUCAGGCAACUGGACCCCGACACGAGAGUGAAGAAGGCCAACCCUGAUCUCGUCGAGAUCACGCGCGAGAUGUACACGCUGGACGAGGCGGGCUGUGAUGAGCUCAUGGCGAGAUUGAAUCACGAAGUCGAUCUUGCGGAAGCCAUGACGGCAUCGACAGUGGGCGAGGCCCUCCAGGCAGAUAUCAAGAAGUUGUAUCGUGCACGGCUGCGACAGGCGACAGGAAUCGCAAGUCGCGGCAGGUCUCACAGGUCUCGCAUUCAUCGCGACUGGCAGGGGAAGACGCGUGUCUCUGUCGAAGAGACAGCUCACCGGCAGCAGAGGGAAGAGGAUCAUCCGAAAUACUUCGGUAGCUUAACCAAAGAGGAGAAGAAGAAGUACCAGGCACAGGAAGAGAAGUGGAGGCUCGCGGGAAGACGGGUGGAAGAAGGCUACAUACAGGAGACGGCAAUCAACCUGGCCCAUACCGCGUUACAAAAACAGGAUUCGGAGUUUCCUUGGUGGCUCCCGGGGUACGACGAGGACGUUCUCCCUUGGUACGUCAAUCCCAAAGGGUGCAAGUACGGAGCACGCGACAUCGACGAAGCCACGUGGACGGAAUUGUACACCUUGAUGUUGAGCACCGGCGCAGUACAGAGAAGCCAGAUCGCCGCGCUGAUAGCAUCCGCAGCCGCUGGCAGACCCCCUGCAGACGAACAGUCAGCCACGAGACAGUCGCCACUGUACGGAGUGCAGUAUACCGACGAACGAAGUCUUGAACUGGCCGCUGCCAAGAUCGAGCUUGCCGGUCGCGCAAACGGAGGUGCCCAUAUUCCACUGGGCCACCUUACUGAGGCUAUCAGAUACGAUUCAAGCACUGCGGAAGAGAGGGGCGAGACCAUGCGAGAGCAUCUGCGCGUGUCGGACGCCGCUUGGCACAGAAAGAGAGGAGGAAUGGGGAGCCAUACAGUAUUGGCAGCUGAGUGGGACCGUCGGAGGUUUUAUGCUAUCGGAAUCCUCACCGGAUCUGGAGAGAGAAUCGACGAAUGGCGACACACGCAGCAGGAAGAGGCAGCAUCCUCGACCCAGUCUACCAGUGGAGGACUGCAAGCCAGGGCUCGUUCUCGAGCCAGAUCCAGGGAGCGCGGUAGAUCGUCCAGAGGUGACACGGAAGGGAGGCGCAGCGUUCGGGCACCGCGAGCAACACGUGCUCACUUGGAGGCACAGAGAAUGGCUGCUCAGAGAACUUCGGACGAGCGGCUCUUUGCCGCAAUCCUCACCCGAAGUAUUGCCCUUAUCGGCGAGCAGUACCAACAUCGCGCUCCAUACUGUGAGGCAUGUUCGCAGGGGGACUGUGUGGGUCAUUGGUGGAAUGAUCCCCAGGAGAUCAGCAGGAUACCCGGGCGUCACCUUCUUCCUGGCUACCAUACCACUGAACAGAACCAAGCGAGCGGGGAAUCAGGCCCGAUACCCCCGAACGAAGACCUGCCGAUCACCCAUGACACGGUUCAGCAAGAGGUCCCUAAUAUUCUCAUAUCAUGGGCCGACACCAUACCAGGGAGCGGUGUACUGCUUGAGGGAGAGGGGUAUGGAUCAGCGAGCAUCAACAGUGGGAGGACGUCGCCCGCGUUUUCCGACAGGGCCAGCGAAGGGGGCAGCGCAUGCCGCAGCGACACUGGCCUCCUCUACGGAGGAUUCACUGAGGAUGACUUUCCCGAGGGUACCUUCGCAGGACUCGGCCUGGGCCCACCUCCGAGCUCGGGUCUAUGA